AUGACCAUGCAAUUGCGAAAAAUGAAGCCCUAUUUACAGUCCCUUCUGCGAGUCGCGCCCCGUCCGAUAAUCACAUUGUUCCGAGAUCUGAGCCGGUUUGACGACGAGACGAGACAGAGGGCGCGUCUGGAAUGGCGCGUCAUCGCAGACGGCGAGGUUAACAAGGGUCUAGCUUUCACUAUCGAAGAGCGGCAACGCUUGGGCAUCCUUGGACUAUUUCCUGGCUCCGUGCGGACCAUGGAGGACCAGCUGUUCGCCGCCAAGGCCAAUAUUGAUGCUCGACUCAACAACCUAAGUCGCGCCCAUUACUUGAACGCCCUGCACAACCGUCACCGGAGGCUCUACUACCGAUACUUAAGGGAUAACAUUGACGAUGUGAUGCCUAUUAUUUAUACUCCUACUGUGGGCGAUAUUGUGGCCACCUACGGAUUAAACUUUCAGUUUGCCACGAGUAUGUACAUCAACAUUACGGAUCGUGGCCACGUGAAUGACGUUUUGCAGAACUGGAUUGAGGAGGACGUGUCGGCGGUGUGUGUCACGGAUGGCGGAAGGAUAUUGGGUCUUGGGGACAUGGGCGCCCAUGGGAUGGGAAUAUGCUGUGGCAAGAUGAUGUUGUACACUGCGUUGGCCGGCAUCCAGCCCAGAGUUCUUAUGCCGAUCUGCUUAGACGUUGGCACCGACAAUCAAGAGCUACUCCAAGAUCCCUUGUAUGUGGGCCUUCGGAUGCCACGAGUUAAGGGCGCUGAGUAUGAGGAAUUGGUUGAUGAGUUUGUAAAGGCGGUAACCCAUCGCUAUGGCCUCAAAACUCUCAUUCACUUCGAGGACUUUGCCACUCCGAAUGCUUUUAAGUUUUUGGAUAAGUAUCGGUCUUCGUACUGUGUCUUUAACGAUGAUAUCCAAGGUACUGGAUGCACGGGGUUAGCUGGGUUCCUCAACGUGGAAAGGAUCACUGGCAGGAAGCUGGAUGAGACCAUCUUUCUCUUUGUCGGAGCCGGCAGUGCAGCCGUCGGUAUUAUCCUAAUGCUGAUCAGCGAACUGAAGCGACGAGGAGUUUCCGAUGACGUUAUUUCCGAAAAUAUUUACAUUUUCGAAGCCUAUGGCCUAAUCACCUGUGAAACGGAGAAUGUGCCAGAAGUAGUGCAGCAGUUUCGUAAGCCCGUGAAGCCACUAGCUGAUUUGGCUGCCGUAGUGGACUUAGCGAAGCCUAAUAUACUGUUGGGUGCCACGGGCAAGGCUGGCAUUUUCACCGAAGCCGUCCUCAAGAAUAUGGCCAAGCACAACGAGCAACCAGCGGUCUUUGCUCUCUCCAAUCCUACACUGCUAUCGGAAUGUACCGCCGAACAGGCUUAUACACAUACUGAGGGUCGUGUUCUUUUCUGUUCCGGAUCGCCAUUCCCUCCGGUGGUCAUUGACGGCAAACGCUUCGAGCCCGCCCAGGCAAACAACUGUCUCACCUUUCCGGGAAUCGCCCUGGGGGCCAUUUGUAGCCAAGCCCGCACCCUGCCGGAUGAGGUCUACUCGGUGGUGGCUCAUGAGCUUUCCCAAAACACAUCCCAGAAGAGGCUGGACGCAGGAGCUCUGUAUCCCACCAUAAAGGACGCCAGUACUGUGGCGUUCAAAGUCGGCGUAGCUGUGGCCGAAUUCUUAUUCAAUAAUGGUCUUUCUCAUCUCUCUGUUAUUCCCGAAAAUAUCUGUGAGUAUGUAAAGAACCGGCAGUACAUUUUGGAGUACCGGGACGCCUUGCCACCGAUGUGGCCCUAUCCCGAAGAGCCACCAACUCCGCCAAAGCGGGAAAAGGAGAAGAAAAAGUAAACUUGGUGCCAGGAUAUCCAGGACCUACAUUUUCGUUUAUUAACUGUGACAAAGCAUUGAUUUCGGUUUUGUGCAAUUAGUUCUAGCCACACACACACUGGCGCUUAUGCAGACACAUACACACGAAAGGACACGAUAAAUGCCCGACAUUUUAACGUUAUUAUUGUCCUGUCAACGGGAAGCCAGCCAGUUGACAUGCCCGUGCGAUUGUGUGUGGGUGUGUGUGUGUGUGUAUCCUGCUGAUUUGCAUAUAAAAUAGGACGAAAUAUCUGCUCACCAAAAAUGUCAA